GUAAGAAUUGAUGCGCCUCGGAUAGAAAUCCAACACUAGUGCAUCAGGCGACCAGGUGCCAUCUUCGGCCCCACUGCGGAAACCAUUUUGGUCCUGUCCACCUAGCUACAAAGUCUGGCGGUCAAACCUGUAGUUGCCUGAACUGAGUGGACCGGGGUCUCUCCUGUGACUAAGCACACCUCUCGUUUUCGGUCCAUGGCUACCGUUGCCGAGCAUCAAUCCUUUCGCCAGCUUCUGGAAAGGCUUGUCAUCGAGGUCGAUGAAUUCUCCCGACAUGCGAACCCUAUCGUACCCUCCAUCGUUAGCAUGGUCAAGGGUCUUAGGGUGGACCUGAACAUUCUUCUUGGACAGAAUGAGUCUCAUACCCAACCCUAUCGAAUCAAGCAUGCAACCACAGCUGCACCACCGAUAAUAGACGAUGACGUCCGCAGGACAGGAAGCCUCGGGCGGACGCAAGUGCGUAUGGUGCAGGCUGCAGAGCAACUCGAGGUCACACUUCAAGACGGCUCCUCACAACCGUCACCGUCCUUGUCGCGGCAAGCCUCAGAGCCUCCUCCUCGCUCUUCGCAUACCAGAAACCGCGUUCAAGGCCGCCCAAAAAGCGCAGGGGAUAUACAUGGACAAUCACAGAGUGAACGAAACUCGGACAUACCAAUCUCGCGAGACUCGAAGCAUCAGCGAAACGGCAUUGGGGUACCAAGCCAUGUUCCUACCGUCCCUCCAACUUCACGAUACACAGAACAAGAAGAGUCGGAGGCGGAUCGAUUUGUCGAUGAAAUGGUUGGCUGUCUAGAAGCGAAUGUAGAUCCAACUGGAAUCCAAGUUCUGGACAAAGCGCUCCCGCUCGAAGUGUGCCCAGUUCGCUCGUGAAAGUGCGAUAUAUGUCCCCAAAGACGUCCUCGAGGAAUCGAGCAUACCAUACAAAAUUGUUCGUCGGCAUCGUGGGGAGAUACUGGUCACGUUCCCGAACACAUACCAUCAAGGCUUUAGCGUUGGAGCUACUAUCGCAGAGGCCGUGAAUUACGCUGACGACGAGUGGGACCCAGAAAAGUGCAAAGCUUGUACGGAGCGUACCUGCCCGAACGGCUUCAUUGGGCAAGACGUGAUGGCGCUCUGUAGCGCUGGGGAAGAGCAACUGUCCGCUGGCGAAGGCGGCGGAUCAGAGUCGAUAUCUAGCAUAUCUAGUGAUUCAGCGUCGGAGACAAGUGGUGAUC